AUGCUCACGCGUAUGAAAUCGGCGGUGGCCAAUUUUAUGGGAGGUAUGAUGGCCGGUGGCUCCAACGGGGACCAUCCCGGCGGCUCGGAUCUGCCGCUCAAAUACCCGUACAGCAGACCGGAGUUCCUGGGACUGUCGCCGGACGAGAUCGAGUGCUCGGCGGAUCACAUAGCGAGACCGAUCCUGAUCCUGAAGGAGACCAAGAGGCUGCCGUGGUCCACCGGCUACGCAGAGGUGAUCAAUGCAGGAAAGAGCACACUGAAUGAGGACCAGGGCUGCUGUGAGGUGCUGGUGGUCAAGAGGAGACCCAUAGGAAGCUCCACGCCCAACCGAACGCCCAUGGCUCGCAGGAGGUCUUCCCUGCCCAACGGGGAGGGCCUGGGCCUCCGGGAGAACCCGGAAAGCUCUGAGGAUCUGACCUUUCACUACUGGGCGUUGUUCGAUGGCCACGCUGGUUCUGGGGCGGCUGUAGUGGCCUCCCGCCUCCUCCAUCACCACAUCGCCCUGCACCUUCAGGAGGUGAUGGAGAUUCUCUGCACCCCCAACCUGCUGCCACCCACAUGCCUGGGCGAGGAACCGAUCAAUCACCACCUCACCCCGACGUCUCAGCGUGCCCUCACCAGGGCUGCGUCUCUCCGGGGUGCCGCGGGGGCUCCAGGCUCCCCCAGCACCCCGCCCACUCGAUUCUUUACCGAGAAGAAAGUUUCACCCGAGAGCCUGGUGAUCGGAGCCAUCGAGAAUGCCUUCAAAGACAUGGAUGUCCAGAUAGAAAAGGAGAAGGCCGUCUACAACAUCUCAGGUGGCUGCACUGCGCUGGUGGUCGUCUAUUUGCUCGGAAAGCUCUACGUAGGGAACGCCGGGGACAGCAGAGCUAUCAUUAUCCGGGCCGGGGAAGUCAUUCCCAUGUCAGCAGAGUUCACACCAGAGUCAGAGAGACAGCGACUGCAGUUCUUGGCCUACAUGCAGCCCCACUUAUUAGGGAACGAGUUUACACAUCUGGAGUUCCCGAGGAGGGUGCAUAGGAAGGAGGUGGGGAAGAGGAUCCUGUACCGUGACUUCACCAUGUCGGGAUGGGCUUAUAAAACCAUAGACGACGAUGACCUAAAGUUUCCCCUGAUCUACGGCGAAGGGAAGAAGGCUCGCGUGCUGGCUACCAUCGGGGUCACGAGAGGUCUCGGCGACCACAACCUCAAAGUGCACGACUCCAACAUUUACAUUAAGCCCUUCCUGUCCUGCUGCCCAGAGGUCAGAGUUUACCCAUUAGCGCAGUGCGAGCAUGGAGCCGAUGACGUUCUGGUGCUGGGAACUGACGGUCUGUGGGACGUCCUCUCCAACCAGGAAGUAGCCGAAGCCGUCACCUGUUUCCUGGCGAACUGCGACCCCGACGACCAGCACAGGUACACAAUGGCAGCUCAAGACCUGGUAAUGAGAGCGCGGGGGGUGCUGAAGGAUCGAGGCUGGAGGAUAUCCAACGACAGAUUAGGCUCCGGAGAUGACAUCUCCGUCUACAUCAUUCCCCUCAUGUACGGCAACAAGCAGAACUAGCCAAGCUACGAAAAGACAACAACCGCCACAGCAGCGUAACCCCGUCUCCCCGUCUCCCCCUACCAACUUCACUUCUGCAGUUUCCCUCCUCUCCUGUUCUCUUUUAAAAGUGCUUUAGUGUGGACUUCCUCCUUUGCUGAGGGAUCCAAGCUGUUCCUGGUCAGAGAUAUGGAAUUUCUGGCCAGUUUCUUCUUGAUCAUCCUCAAUUAGGGUGAUCUUUUUUUUGACUGCUUCCUUUUUUUAUAGAAAAAAAAUUGAAAAGUGGGGUUUUAUUUCAGUCUCGAGGAAGCCAUCGUGAACUUUGUUGCGGGGCAACAGCUGAGGAGCCUGGACUCUGGUAGACGAGAUGAUGACGUGCAUCUCAGGAUUGCUGUUAGUAACUAAUGCACAUUAUUUAUAAAUGUGAAAAAAAAAAUGUAAAUAUUCCGAGACGUAAGACAUUUGAUAAGUGUUUUCAGUUGAACACCUGUACAGUGUAAACAAAAAAACUACCCUGAAGGCUGAUGUCCUGUAUAUAUUAAUUGUUCCUCCUCUGUUCCAUGUAGGUUUUUAAUUAACGUUAAUUCCGUUAGUCAUCGUUGUAGUCACCUGUUGAAAGGUCAAAAACAAAAAUCUUACGAGCCUUAUCUAGACUGUUGGUUGUCAUCACGCUGCAGGUGUUAGUUUUGUUCAUUUGUACCCUUUGCACUGCGACACUUCGCUCACCGUCAAAGCAAAACUGCUUCCGUUGAAAAUGAAGAAAACCCACUUAUGAAGAAUUCACCAACACAAGGAUCCACCGUCAAGGUUUUGGCUACAUGAGACCAAGAAGUCUUUCUGCUGCACUCGUUCUCCACCAGCCUCCGAAACGUCUUCCUUUUAUUCUAAUUGAGACAUGUUGUCAUUGUCCUGUUUAAGUGGCGGUCUGCAUGCUACGUCAGGUGUAUUAUCGCCUGCUACCUGUGCCAUUAUCAACUUGCAUUGUCACACUUUAUGUAUAAAAGUCAAACCUUUCGUCAGACAUGUUGCCCCCCCAUUAAAAGAAACUGAUCCUCAUGAAUAACCGGUGCCUCUAACAAUACUCUGAUCUGUAACGUCAUUUCAAGUGUAAAAAACUCUUGCCAGUUAAAUGGACAACUCUUACCUUACGUGUCUCUACAAUCAAUACUGUUCUCUGAUUCAGUGGUUUUCCACAUUUUAGUUAAUCUCGAUGUUACUAUUUUUAUCUUAACUGCUGUACAAGUGACUGAAGCUAAUGGAACAGAGUAACUCAAUGUACAAAAUGUAAAUACCGUUUUCAGUGGACACUUCCCUCCUUUCUUUUAUUGUAAGCUGAUGUACAUCUUACCGAAACCAAAACCCGUAAUUUGUACUGUUUUAGAAACAUAGAAACAGUGUAAAAAAAAAUGGUUUAAAGGCUCACUUUUCUGCUCUAUUAAAAAAAAAGACCGUUUCUGACCUUUUAACCGCCUUUUUUUCUCCCUUU